AUGGGCGCGGGUCUGUGUUGGGGUCCGGAGCCCACCCGGCGCCGGGUCGCGGAGCUGACCCCUCGGGCUCACAAGGUGGUUGCAAGCUACAAACCUUCCAAGUUUGACAAAAAAAUCCUCCUCUGGACUGGGCGUUUCAAGAGAGAAGAAGAGAUUCCUCCAAGGAUCCCGCCGGAGAUGCUGGACAGGGCAAGGAACAAAGCUCGAGUUAAAGCUUGUUACAUCAUGAUUGGACUCUCCGUUGUCGCCUGUUUUGCGGUGAUCGCCUCAGCCAAGAAGGCUGCUGCCCGUCACGAGUCCUUAACGAGCUGGAACCUGGCAAAGAAGGCCAAGUGGCGGAAAGAGGCCGCCCUUGCAGCUGAGUCGAAGACAAAGUAACUUAGUAGGAAAAGCCAAAUGUUCUUGGAGGAGCAAAAUUAACUGUGGCCCAGCAAUUAGCGAAUUUCACCAGUAGAUGGAAAACUGUAGUGUUGCACACCCUAGAGCCAACAAGGGUAGUUACAGGCCCACAAGAAGAAACAGAGGGGCUCUGGUUAGACAUACUCAACGUACUUGUUGCAAAUUAUUAAAAGUAGAACGUUUUGCUCAUGACUAAAAGCAGUAAUUAAUUUCAAAGGAGAUGAGGUAGUUUCCUAAGCAUGUCAGGUAUGGCAGCAGCCAAGAUUCCACUGUCUUAAAAAACUUUCUUUUGGACUUAUCGUGAGCUCUUCCACAGAUAAGAGUUCCUUACAGAAAAACGAGCUGUGUUUUCCAAUGAAAGGUUAAAUGCAGCAAAGACCAAGCAGUAGUGAAGG